AUUAAUUGUCGAUGGUUCAAAAAUGAAAUAACAUUUUAAUUAUAACUGUUGCAAUGCGAUGGUCAAAAAAUCGAAGCAAAAAAUUGGAAGUUUUUGAACAUUGGGAGGCGGUAGCAUUUAUUGUCAACGACGAAGCGAAUGAGGGCACGCAAUCAGAUUUUGGAAGCAUUAACGAAAAUUCAGAAAAUAAAAGUCAACAUAAAGAAACAGAUAUGACGCAAAAUAAAUAUGAAAAAUGGAUUAUGCCCCUGUUUGCGGAGUUCUUUGGACAACUCAUGUUUGCUUUUGUUCACUCCAUGUCGGCUGGAAAUGGGUUUGCAACAGCGUCUGCUAUAACCGAUGGAAUAUUUGUAACAAUCAUGGUCAUUACGAUUGGCCACAUAAGUGGCGCUCACGUGAACUCAGCAGUGACUGUCGGAGUUGCGCUAUCUGGUGGAAUGAGUUUGAUACUGUUUGUUCCUUAUAUUGUUGUUCAACUACUUGGGUCUAUGGCUGGAGCUGGCUUGGCUUACGUAUCGUUUGGAAGCGCCCAGGGGGCAUUUGGACUUGGCGCUGGUGUGACAGUAGGCCAAGGAGUUUUGUGCGAGGCCAUGCUGACUAUAUUGCUCGUGUUUGCUGUAUUGAUGGGAGCAGUGGACCAAGGUUCGAUUCUUGCGGCGUUCGGAAUCGGUUUCACAAUUAUGAUUGACAUAUUUGCAGGAAACAAAAUCACUGGAGCAUGCAUGAAUCCGUCUCUUAGUUUCGGUCCAGCGGUUGUAUCUGGCAAAUGGCAGAAUUAUUGGGUUUACUGGGUCGGACCGAUAUUGGGAUCUUUGAUUGCUGUGGCAUUGUACAGACUUUUACUGGGAAACCGAGAGAAACGUUUAUUUUUCAACGAUGGAGAAGGACCAUUAGAUGGGGCAGCAAUGAAACGCAGGGAAGAAGCCGCUUCUUCAAAUACCGGCUUCCAGGGUGACCCAGAGCAAUCCCGGAUGUAAUUACUUCCGUGUUCGACUGAACUCUCAAUUUUUAACACCAUAGUUUCAUAAACAUCAACGACUCUUAUUAUCCACAAAAUGCUUUACAUACUCGUAAACUAAACUUUAAUAUCACAGAUAAUAAGUUGGUACUCCCGUAGUAUGUGUACCAGGUUAGGUUUAGUCCACAAUUUUAUUCCGAUUUUCCUUGUUUUAGUACUAUUACGAGUUCGGAGAUUGUCUGUGUUAGCUAAGUGGGUAUCCCCAG